UCUAAAUUUUCCUCUGCCUUCCUUUAUCAGAAUUGACCUGUGCUUUGUUCCCUUUGGGGGUCCUUCCUCUUUUUCGACCGUCUCUCAGGAGUUCUUUAACCAAUCUAUGGUAAGGUAUCAACCAUUGGUGAAAGCCCAGAGGUGAACAUAUCACACUGUGUGAUGUGGUGCCGAGGAAAACAAAACUUACCUGUUAAACAUGGACUCCCAGCCUCAGAGGGAGAGAGUGGUUUUCGAUGUUAGGGCAUGGGAGAAGACAUUUCAAGAACUGAUCCAGCAGGUGAAACCCCAGGCCAAAUGGACCCUGAAGUUGGAUGGGAACCUUCAGGCAGACUGUGUGGCCGAAGGGUGGAAGCAGUACCAGCAGAGAGCGUUUGGCGGGUUUUGGUGUUCCUCAUGCCAGCGAAAGUGGUAUUCCGCCAAAGUGCAGAUCCUGUGUCACAUGCGCCUGGAGCACCAGAAGUCCUCGGGACAGGUGCUUAUGCGGCUCUUUGGUCAGAGGUGCCGGAAGUGUUCUUGGUCUCGAUUUGAGAAGCCCGAGUUCUCCGAAGAUAGCACCAUGAGGAUUCUGAACAACCUGGUACAGCGUAUUAUAGAGAGAUUCUACACAAAUGGCCUCAAGAAGGCUCGAGAGAUACCCGUGAAACCGGAGGUGACUUUGGAAGGGUCCCACGACUCGAUCAAUUGUGAGGCAUGCUCUCUGGGCAUCUGUGGAUGGGGCUUACCAAUCUGCAUGACACAGCCAUCUGAAGGCCCUCUCUCCUACAUGGAAAUCGGGAGUUCCUCGCCUCACAUUGUUGACAUGGAUGGCCCAAACCGAGCCAGGAACCAGUCAUCUGAGGCAAAAAAGACUCAGGGGAAUGGGUAUUCCUGUGCUGAUAAGAGGUCAGGGCCCAGCCAUUCCACUGCUAGGAUCCUAGUGCCUGGGGCAAGCCCUCAGUCCAAAUGGGAGAUUGGCCAACAGCCCACACCAGUGGCAGACCAGCAGGCCACACAGGGAACAGGCCCACAGCCUUUCCAAGUUGCAGGGUCACUUCCCCAAGGGUGGACAGACCCACAGCCCAUACAAGCAGUACUCCAACUACCUACAGGCAGGGCAGAUUCUCAGUCCACACUGAGGGCAGAACCACAGGCCCCCCGGAGGACAUACUCUGAGGCCGUAAGGAGGGCAGGCCAACAGUCAACACAGGAGGCAUGCUCACAAGCCAUACGUGGGGCAGGUCUUCAGGCCACAAGGAAGAGAGGCCUACAGCCCACACAGGCGACAAUCCCCAGGGCCACAUCGGGGUUAGACACUCAGGCUACAGAGAGGGCAAGUCCCCCAUCACUGGGGUCAAACCCACAGACAACACGGGGGGAAAUCCCCAAGGCCACAUUGGCGUUAGACACUCAGGCUACAGAGAGGGCAGGACCCCCACCACUGGGGUCAAACCCACAGACCACACAGGGGGCAAUCCCCAAGGCCAUAUCAGCAUUAGAGACUCAGGCUACAGAGAGGGCAGGACCCCCACCCCUGGGGUCAAACCCACAGCCCACACAGGGAACAGGCCCUAUGGCCACACGUAGGUCUGGGACUUUCAGUGGAACUCAAGUUGCCUGGGGAAGUCAGGAGAGAUGUUUACCCAGAAGGCCUUCGGACAGCUUUUCCAGAUUUUCUCAUUUAAUGCCACAGAAUGACUUAAUUGAUCAGAAUUUGUUGUUCAGGUUGGGCUCUGCCUGUGUGAUUGCUCUGUUUACCUUUCUUGUAGACAAAUACUUUAAGUAGAAUGAUGAAAAUAGCUUUACCUACUA